AUGUCAUUUGUUAAGACUGUUGAUGCUUCUGAUGUGAUAAAAACUGCCAAUGCAUUGUUUAAUUUGUUUGCUGAUGUUAUUGAGUGGGUUGGGCCUAGUAACAUUGUGCAUGUGGUCACUGAUAAUGCUGCUAAUUAUGUAUCUGCUGGAAAACUUAUUCAUGAAAAAUACCCAAAUAUAUUUUGGUAUCCUUGUGCUGCCCAUUGUGUCAAUCUUAUUUUGAAAGAUAUUGCAAGUAUUCCUCAUAUAGCUGACCUUGCUUCUCGUGCUUCAAAAGUAACUGUGUUUGUCUACAAUCAUAUGAUCUUAUUGUCUUGGCUUAGAAAAAGAAAAAGUUGGACAGAAAUUGUUCGACCAAGAGUCACACGUUUUGCCACUGUUUUCAUUACUUUGAAAAGUAUAUAUGAUCACAAGGAAUAUUUGCAGUCAUUGAUGGUAGACAAAUAUUUUACUUCUCAUAAGUUAUCCAAAAGUGCUAAUGGAAAGAUUGUUAGCUCAAUUGUCUUGGACAGUAAGUUUUGGCAAGAUUGUCUUACCACUGUGAAAAUUGUUAGUCCUCUUAUUAAGUUGUUGAGGCUUGUUGAUGCUGAUGAAAAACCCUCUUUGGGAAUCGCGUAUGAAGGCAUGCAAAGAGCAAAAAAUGCUAUCAAGACCAUGUUCAGAAAUCAGAAAGCUGCUUAUACGCCAUAUACGAGUAUCUUGAAAAUGAGGUGGGAUAAGCAUUUGAAGCGUGAUCUCCAUGCGGCAGCGUACUUUUUAAAUCCGGGCAUUUUCUAUAGUGAGGAUUUUGUUGAGAAGGCAAAUGUUUUGAGAUCUUUACUUGAUUUGCUUGAUGUUGAAACACUUUGUGAUGACUCAGUUGCUGCAAUGCAAGAGAUACAACUGUAUCGAGAUUGUAAAGAAAGUUUUGGGAAGGAAAGUGCUAAGAGAGCGGCAUCAAGACUCGAACCUAGUGAAUGGUGGAGGCUACACAGUGGGAGUGCUCCUAAUUUGCAAAAAAUGGCAGUCCGUCUUCUUCAUCAAACCUCUUCUUCAUCUGGAUGUGAGAGGAACUGGAGCCUUUUUAAACAAAUCCAUUCAAAGAGGAGGAACCGGUUAGAGCAACAAAGGCUAAGUCACAUUGUUUAUGUCACCUAUAACCUACGCCUUCAAUCUAGGUUGCAUCGAAAGAAGAGGAAUUAUGAUCCAAUUGACAUUCAAAGCAUUGACACAGUAGAUUUUUGGGUAAUGACAUAUGAGGAUGAUCCUGAAUUUACUAAUUGA